AUGUUAACAUUUCCUAAAGGAAAUAAUAACAGAAGUUCUAGUAUUAUUUUUAACAUAGUUAAUGCUAUUCACUCUUUAAUAGCUAGAAUUGAUGACAUUGACAAUAAACUUCAUCGUAAUCAAAAAGACAUUAAUUUUCAUCUUUCUAGACUUAAGUUCUUCACUAAGAUUUCUGAUGAAGAUGAAGAAAAGCCAAUAAUGAACAUCAUUAAUGAACUAACUCAACAUAUACCAAAGAACAUACUUAUGAAUGAUAAUUACCCCUGUAGCAAAUUCUCCUAA